UCGAAAUGAACAAACUCUCCCUACUCUGCCUGCCCUGCGUCCGCGACGGGAGCCCGACCGCACCCACGUUUACCAAGAGCCCCACGGGAGCCCGGCAACUACGGCGGCUCACGCCGGCCGGCUCCCUGCCCUCCUCCUGACCUCUCGUCCGCCUGCCUUGGUCUUCCGGUCUGCCGUAACUUUUGCCGCGACUGGACAACGCGACCGACGGCGGUGCUCCGUCUCGGCGCAGCUCGUACCUCGCCUGCCGAGCCGCCGCCGAGUUCGCCUGCCGCAACUCUCUUGCCGCUAGGGUUAACUGGCGGAGCGGGCGAGGGAGGCAUGGCCGCCGGCGUCUGUUGGGCUUUGCGUGAGGUCUGGCGUGAGUCGACCAGGAUGAAGUCUAAGACGAAUAGGGGCAUACAGAAGGCAGGAAGAGUAGAUCAUCUCCAAGGAGGACCAAACUGGAUUCUUGUUGCCGGAGGAGUUUUACUAAGCACUCUCUCCGUCAAACUUGGAUGCAAAUUAAAGCAAAUGUUUGAUACGAAGCAGCAGAAUGGCUUUUCCAAAGCCGAAAGUAGGCCUGGAGGAUGUGAAUUGCACUCAAACCUAUGCAGGUUUCGUGGCCAAACUAGCUGCUACUAUUGUAUUUCAGGGCAUUCAGAUGGUGGAGUGGAAGUCAAGCAUCCUCCUGCAAGUCCAUCAAAAUCAGCUGAACCCUCGCUUCCACUUGUGAAAAUACCAGUGCAAGAAUCAAGCAAGGACAACAGUGGCGUCAUGUGGAUAUCAUCACCUGACCGCCUUGAAGAUCCUCGUAAACCAUUUCAGUACUCAAACAGUUCUGGCUCCCCACGUGUUUCAGAGUCAGGAUCUGACAUUUAUAGCAAGAGAGAGGUCAUACAGAAGCUGAGGCAGCACCUGAAAAGACGUGAUGAGAUGAUCAUGGAGAUUCAAGCUCAGAUUGCUGACCUUAAGAACUCUCUUGCCAUCCAGGAGAAGCAGUCGUCUAAUUUGCAGUCUCAGCUGGAGUCUGCUAACCGAGAUAUAUUUGAUUCUGAGCGAGAGAUCCAGCAUCUGAGGAAGAUCAUCACAGACCAUUGUGUUGGCGAAGCACUCUCUCACGAUAAGCCGUUGCAUGUUGGACACUGGCAGUCAGAUGCCACCAAUGGGCAUGCUAAUGGCUACGCCAAUAGCAGCGUCGGUGACCCUGAGCUGCAUUUUAUUGGUAUUGGGAAGAAGAAAGAAGAGUUGGAGAGGAUGGAGAUGCUCAAGAGGGAGGUGGGUGAGCUGAAGGAAGUUAUCGGAGGGAAAGACUUCUUGCUUCACAGCUACAAGGAGCAGAAGGUCGAGCUCUGUUCUCAGAUCAGGGAAUUGCAGGAAAAACUCUCCUCGCAUGUGCCGAACAUAUUGUAGGAUCUACUGGUAAUGUUCGUUUGCCAAAGGAGCAGCAGCUGUAGCCCUGUUCCCAUGCGGUCUUGCACCACUGGUUUGCAGGAAAAUCUGUCGGUGCACAGGCCGAACAUCCUAGGGUAUUUGCAGAAUGUUAGGCUGAUUGGUUUCUUUCUUUCUUCUUGGACCUAGGGUAGCUAAAUUAAUGGGAAGUUGAUACUCCAGACUUACGGUGCUGUACUUUUUUUUUUUUUGGUUUGCAGGCACCUCUGUGUGAUGUUUAGAGAAAUAUCCUUUCCUUUCUAAUGUGUGGUCGGUGACAUUUCUAUGUAA